AUGGAAAUGGCCAAAGAUGUCGAUCCGGAAGGUGAGCGAACGUUGGCGGGCACACGCUAUUUGUCCGUGAGACUUAAUGUGCUCUUGAUGAAUCACAUUCAUGAAUGUCUGCCAAGUUUGAAAGACCGAGUGGCAUCGCUCAUCAGCCCGUAUGGAGUCAAGUUGAACGUCUACGGAAGGCCGAUCGAGGACAAGAAUCAAGCGCUGCUGAAAAUCCUUACGAGAUUUUCCGCUGCCUAUAGGGCUACGAUUGAGGGUACAACGCGUUAUGUUGAAGCCGAAGAGCUAUGUGGUGGCGCAAGCAUUUGCUAUAUUUUCCACGAGAUCUACAGCAAGUUGAUGAACAGCAUUGAUCCAUUAAAGAAUUUGUUGCCAUCGGCCAUUUUGGCGGCUCUACGAAACGCAACGGGUGCCCGCCCAGCGCUUUUGUGCCCGAGAGGAGCCUUCAUUGAAAUGCGUAGACCUUGUGCACCAGGAGCUUCAGAGACUCGUUUCACAUUGUGGCAAAGAUGUUCAGCAAGAGAUGACUCGUUUCCCGCGUCUUUUCAGGAAGCGAUCAAGAGAGUUUUGGGUAACAUUCUGAAGGAUCGACUCAACAAAACCAAAUCUCUGGUGGGAAACUUUCUUGCCGUCGAGGGCGCCUACAUCAACACUCGACAUCCCGAGUUCGCCGACGCGAAACUUAUCGAUUUGUUCAAAAAUUCAUUUGUCGAGAAUCUUGACGAACGAAACGAGCAGAAGGAGUUGGUCGCUCGGAAUGAGGCGAGAAAUGCGGCGAUGAGAAAAGAGUUACGAGAUCAGCAAAGGCAGCCCCAACGUGCUCAUCUGCAACAAGGUAAUUUGAACGAAAACACUUUAACAAAAGUGCCGGAGAAACUGGUGAAAGAGGAGCUGACGCCCAACGAACAACGCGAUUGCGAGAUCAUGGAACGUCUCAUCGCCAGCUACUUUUCGAUUGUUUGCAAGAACGUUCAGGACCUCGUGCCGAAAACCAUUAUGCACAACAUGGUCGACUAUGUCACUGAGAACCUGCACGCUGAGCUCGUAGGCGCUCUUUACAAUUCGUCAAAGCUUAACGAGUUGCUCUGGCGAAAACGAGCGAAUGGCUCAGCAGCGAAAGGAGGCGAUGGCAAUGUUGGAGGCUUUGAAUCAAGCAAA